AUGUAUUACGCAUUUGUAAUUGUUGGAUUCCUAUUUACGGCCUAUGGAUACGCCCAUAGUAAUGAAGAUCGAUAUUAUUUCGAAUCAAUCUUACAAGCAUUAUGGCGAUAUCCAAUUGUAAAACAAAUACUUAUCCGUUUGUGUAGUAAAGAACUUGAUAAAUGUAAGCAUGAUCAAAUGCUACGAGCUUAUACAAAUAUGAUUAAUGAUCAUAAUUUACAACAAAUCUUAGAUAGUCUUAUUGAAUGUUUUAUUAAUUCAGAAACAUGUAUUCAAAACGAUGAUUGGCAACAAUGGUCAGAAUGGAGUUCAUGUUCAGUUAGUUGUGGAAUUGGUCGUAUUGUACGUACUCGAUCUUGCAAAUCCGAUCGUCAAUGUUUAAUAGGUUCAUAUUCAACUCAAACCGAUUAUUGUUUUAUUAAAUCUUGUACAACAAAUAAUGAUCGAAAACAUUUAAAUAUACUAGAAGAUAAUAUUAUUUCACAUACUAUCGAUCAUAAAUUAAUACGUAAUAAUUUAAAUAUUAUUUUUAUUUUUAUUUUUCCAUUUUUCUUUACACUUUUAUGUAUACCAUUAUGUGUGUAUUAUUAUAUAUAUGAAUGUGAUUUUAAAAUUCAUGCAUUAACUAUUUAUAUUCUAUCUCUAUGUAAUAGACAUUGUGAAGCGAAGAAAAGAAGAAUAAACACAAGUCUAUGA